UCAAGAUUCACCCCAUUCUAUGGAUUUGGCUAAAUUGGGGGGAAAUGCAUACAGUUGAUGCCCCUCACAGGCUGCAGAAUGCAUCCAAGGAAAAAGAGGGCGGAACUGGCGUUCCAGGAACAGACGGGAAGAGGAGGGGAGAGAAAAUCACAGUCCCAACACAAACAGUGAAAUUUACUGCAAACUCCAUCUAAUACUGCGAGGCCUGUAAGGCAUCGGACUUCUUACAGGGCGUGGUUGCAGCUAGUUUUUAGAUUGUUUUUAGGAGUGUUCCCUCAUAUUUUCCUCGUCGAAUUUGACACGGAGGUAGUGAGUUGCCUGGCCGCCAUCUUUAGGACUUGUCCGUGAGGGGGAAAUCAAGCUUCUGGGCCACCGUUAGCCCUGGGGUGGAGUUUUAACAUUGUCAACUAGCAAAAUCAGGAACGUUAAGUUCUAACCAAACCCUGUCGAUUAAAUACGAUUCAAAACUCGAUCAAAGGCAAGUUUAGACCUUCAUCAGACGACUUCUACCUCUGGUCUGGAUGGACAGCACUUCUUGAUUCCAGACAAUAUUCAGCCCUCUCAAAACUGGCCUGUCGGACGGGUGUGGAUCUGUAUGCAGCCGCUGUCCUGCAGAUGAGCCAUCGGUGGGGGCUGUCGCGUCGCAGUCGCAGACCCAGAUAGUUGCUGGUGGCUGCGCUGCGGCCCCUCCCCCGCCCCCGGUCCCAGCAUGAACAAGAGCGCCCGUGCGGGGAGCCUCAAGGACCCCGACAUCGCCGAGCUGUUUUUCAAAGAGGACCCCGAGAAGCUCUACUCCGACCUCCGUGAGAUUGGCCAUGGCAGCUUCGGCGCCGUCUACUUUGCUCGGGAUGUGCGGACUUCAGAGGUGGUGGCCAUCAAGAAGAUGUCCUACAGUGGGAAACAAUGCAAUGAGAAGUGGCAGGACAUCAUUAAGGAGGUGAAGUUCCUCCAAAAGCUCCAGCACCCCAACAGUAUUGAGUAUAAAGGAUGCUACCUGCGCGAGCACACAGCCUGGCUGGUGAUGGAGUACUGCCUGGGGUCCACCUCCGAUGUUUUAGAGGUGCACAAGAAACCUUUACAAGAAAUGGAAAUAGCAGCAAUCACUCAUGGUGUACUGCAAGGGUUGGCCUACCUCCACUCCCAUACUAUGAUUCACAGAGACAUCAAGGCAGGGAACAUCCUGUUGACAGAGCCAGGGCAGGUGAAGCUGGCAGACUUUGGCUCUGCCUCCCUCAGCUCUCCUGCAAACUCCUUUGUGGGGACUCCAUAUUGGAUGGCCCCAGAGGUGAUCCUGGCCAUGGACGAGGGGCAGUAUGAGGGCAAAGUGGACAUCUGGUCUCUAGGGAUCACCUGUAUUGAAUUAGCUGAGAGGAAACCUCCCCUCUUCAACAUGAAUGCGAUGAGUGCCUUAUACCACAUAGCCCAGAACGAGAGCCCCACUCUGCAGUCCAGCGACUGGACGGAUUACUUUAGAAACUUUGUGGACUCCUGCCUCCAGAAGCUCCCUCAGGACAGGCCCACCUCUGAGGAGCUGCUGAAGCAUGCGUUUGUCCAGCGCGAGAGGCCAGAGUCGGUGCUGAUGGACCUGAUCCAGCGCACCAAAGACGCCGUGCGGGAGCUGGACAACCUGCAGUACCGCAAGAUGAAGAAGAUCCUCUUCCAGGAGGCCCACAACGGCCCCGCCACAGAGGUCGCCGAUGAGGAAGAGGAGGGCGAUCACACCGUGGGCCGGACUGGCACGGUGAACAGCGUGGGCAGCAACCAGUCCAUCCCCAGCAUGUCAAUCAGCGCCAGCUCCCAGAGCAGCUCCGUCAACAGCCUGCCCGACGCCACGGACGCCGACAACAAGAGCGAGCUAGACCUGCUGGAGGGUGACCGCACCGUCAUGUCCAACAACUCCGUCAUCCACCUCAAACCGGCGUCGGAGAGCUACCAGGAGGAGGAGUCGUUGGAGCCCCAGAGCAGGCCCUCUGAGCCGGCCCAGUCUCCGCCCGCUCACACGCCUCGCAAGCACCUCCGCAACCGCGAGCACUUUGCCACCAUCCGUACAGCCUCCCUGGUGACGCGUCAGAUCCAGGAGCACGAGCAGGACUCUGAGCUGCGUGAGCAGAUGUGGGGGUACAAGCGCAUGCGGCGGCAGCACCAGAAGCAGCUGAUGGCGCUGGAGAACAAGGUGAAGGCGGAGAUGGACGAGCACCGCCUGCGCCUGGACAAGGAGCUGGAGAGCCAGAGGAGCAGCUUCGCCUCUGAGAUGGAGAAGCUCAUCAAGAAGCACCAGGCCACCAUGGAGAAAGAUGCCAAGACCUUUACCAACGACGAGAAGAAGUUUGGGCAGCACAUCCAGAGCCAGCAGAAGAAGGAGCUCAGCAGCUUCCUGGAGUCGCAGAAACGGGAGUACAAACUCCGCAAGGAGCAGCUCAAAGAGGAGUUGAAUGAGAACCAGUCGACGCCCAAGAAGGAGAAGCAGGAGUGGCUGUCCAAGCAGAAGGAGAACAUCCAGCACUUCCAGGCGGAGGAGGAGGCCAACCUGCUGCGGCGGCAGAGGCAGUACCUGGACCUGGAGUGCCGCCGCUUCAAGAGGCGCAUCCUCAUCGCCCGGCACAACGUGGAGCAGGACCUGGCCCGAGAGGAGCUGAACAAGCGUCAGACGCAGAAGGACCUGGAGCACGCCAUGCUGCUGCGGCACCACGAGUCCAUGCAGGAGCUGGAGUUCCGGCAGCUGAACAUCAUCCAGCGCAUGCGGGCCGACCUGAUCCGCACGCAGCACAUGACGGAGCUCACCAACCAGCAGGAGUACAACAAGCGCCGCGAGAGGGAGCUGCGCCGCAAGCACGUCAUGGAGGUCCGGCAGCAGCCCAAGAGCCUCAAGUCCAAAGAGCUCCAGAUCAAGAAGCAGUUCCAGGACACGUGUAAGAUCCAGACCCGGCAGUACAAGGCCCUGCGGAACCACCUGCUGGAGAACACGCCUAAGAGCGAGCACAAGGCCGUGCUCAAGCGCAUCAAGGAGGAGCAGACGCGCAAGCUGGCCAUCUUGGCCGAGCAGUACGACCACUCCAUCAACGACAUGCUCUCCACGCAGGCUUUGCGUCUGGAUGAAGCACAGGAGGCAGAGUGUCAGGUGCUGCGUAUGCAGCUGCAGCAGGAGUUGGAGCUGCUGAACGCGUACCAGAGUAAGAUCAAGAUGCAGACGGACGCACAGCAGGAGCGCGAGAGGAAGGAGCUGGAGCAGAGAGUCUCACUGCGCAGGGCACUGCUCGAGCAAAAGAUCGAGGAGGAGAUGCUGGCUCUUCAGAACGAGCGACUGGAACGCAUCCGCUCUCUGCUGGAGCGUCAGGCGCGAGAGAUAGAGGCCUUCGACUCUGAGAGCAUGCGCCUGGGCUUCAGCAACAUGGUGCUGGCCAACAUCUCCCCCGAGGCCCUCAGCCACAGCUUCCCCGGGGCCCCGGCCAGCUGGGCCACCCAGCAGCAGGCCCCGCACCAACCCAAAAGCUCCCAGGGGCCCCACUGGGGCGGUGGAGGAGGGGGGGGUGGAGUAGGAGGAGGGAGUGGGAGCAGCAUCUCCAGCCAUCAUAGCAGCGGCAGCGGCCACCACUACUACCACUCCAGUCCGGGAGGGCCCCCCAUCCAGGCCGGCUGGGGCCAGGGAGGCCAACCGUGGGUCCAGCCGUCAGGGGCCACGCCAAAAAGCAGCGGGGCCGGGGUGGGGGCGCGUAACAGCCCCCAGGCCCUGAACAGGACCUCGUCAGGGGGCCACAGUGAGCAGGCCAUGAACAGGAGCACCAGCAUCACCUCUCAGAUAUCCAACGGCUCCCACCUGUCCUUCAUGUAGACCCCCCAGUACAGCAGAGCACAGCACAGCACAGCAGAGCCAGUCAGGGCCAGUGUGAGCCUCUGAUACUGCCCAUGCAGCAGAGGGAGCCAGAGGGACACCACACAGCACUCCUUCUCCUGGUCACCUCCUCUCCUCUCUACACUCCUUCCUUGCCCUGUGUGUGUGUGUGUGUGUGUGUGUGUGUUUGUGUGUCAAGUUGUGCAGGUUUGUGGGCUUUACAUUGCAGUGCACUAGGUCAGCACAGGUCAACCCAGUGCAUGAGGGUGUUUGUCUCUCUUUCUCUCCAUACGCACACAUACAUAUAUAUAUAUUGCACUAGUUAUGUUGCAGUCACAUGACUUGUUGACUUUUACUUUUCGUCGUUUAAUUUGAAACUUUUAGCAAACUUUGUCAUUGUGAGUUUUUGUCUUCCAAAAACUGCUUUUCUUGUGAAAUGAUCUGAAACCGUUCUUCAAACCCAGAGAGUAAGGACGCGGUUUACGGCCCGCACGGCCCGAUCUGGCAUCUCAGAUCAGGCUUAGUAUCUGUGAGGCGCGGGGACUUGUCUGUGAUGUGGAACGGAGAAACACUAGCCCACCUUCCCCAGCCCAAUAGACCCCCUCCAGCCCAAUAGACCCCCCCCCCAGCCCAAUAGACCCCCUCCAGUCACUCUUCUUCCAGGCUGGAGGAAUGGAGGGCCUCCUCAAGUCUGUCCCAUUCACUCUGCUGAUCAUGAAGUGGACUGUAGUGAUGAAAACACAAGCUUGGAUUUGCAUAAUUUUUUUUCUCUCAGUGGUGUGUUAACAUUGCUUUGUAGUUUAGAAUUUGCCAAGCCUCUUUCCUUAAAAUAGCUUUCUAAAUUUUUGUGCUUUUUAAUUCUUAACAAUUUUAAAAGGUGACUCGAAGAUUAUGAGUUAGCUUCUCCUGGUUUUUGCUGAGCUCUUUCAAAUGAGAUUCAGGUAAAAAACACAUUUCAUUACCCCUCCCCCCAGUGUAGGUGAAGGCUUGAGCGCACCUUUGAACUACCCAUCCCAGAGUGCACUGCUCAGUGGUCAUGUGAUCAGGGUGUCACUCAGUGGCAGAGGAGGUUUGGAGGAGGCGCACAGACCCAGACUGUUUGGGAGGAUGGGGGAGAGCCCCAACAAGACUGCCAUCCCCUGCCAGUGAUCUCCUCACAGCAGUUAUGCUUCAGAUGCACCCCCCACACACACACACACACACAUACACACACACACACACACACACACACACACACACACACACACACACACACUGUGUAAGAGAGGGUCAGCCAAACGCACCCCACAGCAUGCCAAAACACAGUCAGUUCCUAUUAUUAUGCACACAGUGUUGUGCAAAUACAUAUCUUCCAUUUAAGAGGCCAGGGGCUUGUCUAGACCUAAAGAGCGGACAUUGUGUUGCAUGUGAGGUUCAGUGCAGCAAAAGGCAGCCUGCCCUGCCACCUAGUGGUGUAUAUCAGAUCUAGAUGUUCCUUGGUUGGUUUUGGACUGGUUGUUUGUUUGUUUUUGUUUUUGAACAACAACAUCCCCAGCUCCUGUGUUAUACUCCUGUUUAGCCGCCAUAGGGUUUCACUUCCCAAGGAUCAUUAAGGAUCCCGAGCCAAAAUCCAUUGUGUCUAGUGCCUUGAAAUGAUUCUUUAGUACUGAAGAAACAAUGCAGUACAGAGCAGAAUAAUGAAUGUUUUAAAUCUUUUAUUCCUUCAGAUGUAGACCCAAUAAAAAUUAUAUUGCAUUAUAUUUUCUCAUUUUUUUUUUUUUUUUCAAAUGGAUAUAUUGAUAUAUGCUAUAAUGUAAUAGAUUCA